AUGGUCUUCACCGACAGCGAGGAUGAUGACCUGGACCAGCCUCGCAUCAAACAGGAACGCCGCAUUCCAACCACACUCACAGCGAAUCGAGCGGACAGAGUCAAGACAGAGAGCCCUGAACUGAUAUCAAUUACUACAACUGGAUCGGGGGCUUCCGACGCAGCAAUAGUUGCUAAGACCGACACAAAAGAGAGCCGCAGUCCUGCUGCAGCAAUCCACGAACCCGUACAGUUGGAUUCCGAUGACGAACUCAACUAUGCAUGGACCGGGGAUGAGAAAUCCAAGACCAGAGCGGCGGAAGCCAAAAAGCGAGCUGGGAAGAAAGCCCGUAAGAUUAGGGCCAUUGCUAAGGAGAUGGAUGCGCCUUCCAGAGCGCGAACAGGUGGUACCACAACUGGAGUCGGUCGACAAGGACCGAGGAAGCGGAGGAAACUCAAAGAGUACGAUGAAUCCGACCCAGACGAGGACCUCAUGGAAUGGACCACGCCAGACUACAUUCAGGGACGGAGAAAGAAAUUCGAUGAGCGGAUCAAGAGGUUGAAGGCUGGUGGCUUACUACUACCGCCCAACUACAAUGAGGUAUUCUUUUCUGACGAUGACAACCCACAACAUCUGAAGGAACGGCCGACCUUUCGUCAGUCUGCCGCGGUUAGAGAAUACAAGGACAUCGAGCUUCCGUACUCCCUUGGGUUGAUACCAGCACCCCUCGCGCAAUUCCUGCGGGAUUACCAGGUUAAGGGCGUGGCCUUCCUACAUGAACUUUUUGUGUAUCAAAAGGGAGGGAUUCUUGGGGAUGACAUGGGCUUGGGCAAGACCGUGCAGGUGAUAGCAUUUUUGACAGCAGCAUAUGGGAAAACCGGCGACGAGCGGGACAACAAGAGAAUGCGAAAAAUGCGGCGUGCUGGUCAGACGUACCCUCGCACCCUCAUCAUCUGUCCAGGUACACUCAUGAACAACUGGAAAGAUGAAUUCGAACGGUGGGGCUGGUGGCACGUUGAUCUCUAUCAUGGCAAUGCCUCUCACCGACAUGAGGUCUUUCUGGAGGCUCAGGCAGGCAUGCUCGAGGUUAUGAUAACCACAUACCACACUUACCGUGCCAACAAAAGCGAGAUCAACAUGGUCCAAUGGGAUUGCGUUGUUGCGGACGAAUGUCAUCAGAUCAAGGAUCGAAGAUCGGACACCACGAAAGCAAUGGUUGAAGUCAACGCUCUUUGUCGUAUUGGCUUGACAGGAACCGCAAUUCAGAACAAGUACGAGGAACUGUGGACACUUCUCAAUUGGACAAACCCGGGUCGGUUCGGCCCUGUCUCUACCUGGAGGACGUCCAUUUGCGAGCCGCUUAAGUUAGGCCAGAGUCACGACGCUUCGAACUAUCAGCUCGCAAGAGCCAGGAAAACCGCAAAGAUGCUCGUCAAUAACCUACUCCCGCAGUUCUUCCUGCGGCGGACGAAAGCAUUAAUCAAGGACCAGCUUCCGAGAAAGACUGAUCGAGUGGUGUUUUGUCCGCUCACGGCGACACAGGCAAGCGCGUACCAGAAUUUCCUCGAAAGCGAUAUUGUCGAGCACAUCAAGAAUAGCAGCGAGCUGUGUGAUUGUGGAAGUGGAAAGAAAGCGGGCUGGUGCUGUCAUAUGGAGCUGGAAGAUGGGAGCAAAUGGCAAAGCUGGGUCUUCCCGGCAAUCCAGGUUCUCCAGAAGAUAGCAAACCAUCUGGCGGUCUUGAUCCCUCAGGGGUCCGAUUCAUCCGAAAAGCAGGCAAAGGACCUCGACAUGCUGCAGAUUGCCAUGCCCGAGCAGUGGUCUGAAAUCUAUCGGACUCGCGACAGCAUCAUGCACACGGGCAAUCCCGAAUAUUGUGGGAAAUGGCGUGUUAUGAAGAAGUUGCUCACUUUCUGGCAUGACCAGGGCGGUAACAAAGUCCUCAUCUUCUCUCACAGCGUCAGACUGCUCCGCAUGCUUCAGGAUUUGUUCAUCAGCACCCAGUUCAACGUCAAAUAUCUGGAUGGAAGCAUGCAAUAUGACGAUCGAUAUGCGGCCGUUCGAGAAUUCAACACCGAUCCCACACAGUUCGUGUUUCUCAUCAGCACCCGAGCUGGUGGAGUCGGGUUGAACAUCACUUCCGCCAAUAAGGUUGUGGUCGUCGAUCCGAACUGGAAUCCGUCUUACGACUUACAAGCACAAGACCGAGCCUACAGAAUCGGCCAAACGCGGGAUGUUGAGGUCUUCCGCCUGGUGAGUCAAGGUACCAUGGAGGAGAUCGUCUAUGCUCGCCAGAUCUACAAACAGCAGCAAGCCAACAUCGGGUACACUGCCACUUCCGAACGACGAUAUUUUCACGGCGUCCAGGACCGUAAGGACCAGAAAGGAGAGAUCUUCGGACUACAGAAUCUCUUCGCCUUCCAGAACGAGAAUCAGGUGUUGCGAGACAUCGUCAACAAGACCAAUAUUGCAGAAUCUAAAGCAGGGGUUCGUGUUGCAGACCUUGAUCUCGAAGGGCAUGACAGCGGUGACGAGGCGGAGCCAGUUGUGGUCAAAGAAGAAGACACCACGCUCCGCCCCAUCAAAGCCGAAGAAGAUGCAGCCAUCUCGCAGCUCGCAGCGGAGAUCAUUGGCGAAUCUCGCUCCCGGUCCAAGACGUCGCUUGCCCCGGGCAAGACGCAGGUUGUCAAAAAACAUGAUCCCAUUCAAGCCAUCCUGUCAUCCGUCGGGGUGUCAUAUACCCAUGAGAACAGCGAAGUCAUUGGCUCGUCCAAGGUCGAAGCGCUGCUCUCCAAACGCGCCGAAGAGGCCGCCGACACCGACAGACGUUGGGGCACACAGGAGCAACAGUCCAAAGUGUUCCAGGACGAAUCACAGACAGGGCUAGGCACUAGUGGCCACGGGGGUGGACAUGUGUACGGGAACGGAAGUGAUGCUGAUGGAAGCACUACACCCAACGGCGGCAUCAGAUACAAGUACCAUCCCCCGCAGGCCGUCAUGAAACGGCAGUUCUGCAGCAUGGCGCGCUGGGCUGGGUAUGGCGACGACGUGGUCUCGUUUGCCUUGGUCGUCGAAAACUGGACCCAAGCGGAGCGCAGAGAGUGUCUGGAUCGGUUUUACCAUUAUCGUCGUGACGUCCUUGACGGGUUCGUGAAAAGCGACUCUUUCAAAGCAAAGGGAGCAGAUGUGCGUCCCAAAUUAGAGCCGCAUAGAAGCGAUGAUCACCAGGGCGAUCCGGUCAAGUGGGAGGUGAGGAGAGCCGACGUCAAGCUUGAGGGGUCUGUCGAACGGACUGAGGCAACCGGGAUGCACCCUAAAGCAGAGGCUGCGAUGGGACCAAAGAAUAGGACGGACUUGGAUGUCGUUGCUCUUGAUGUCAACACAGAGACCGAGGAUGAGGACGAGGACGACGAGCUUUGA